AUUGUUACUUGUAUGUUGAGGUACGCACAUGCGCAUUACGACUCGCAAUGUAUACUUAGAGAGGCAAAAAUCAGCGUAUUAUAUUGUUGAAAUAAUCGAGGGGCAGUGGGUUCAGACAGACGGUCAGUUCGUGGUGAACGACAGUGCUGCUAGGCUCGCCGGGACAACCCACACGGUCAUCAUACUCCCGCUGACGCCCAUUCUUGUCGAAACGGCGAUCAAAUACAGCCCGCCUUCAUUACCUGCGCCUAGACUAAGGUUUCCUGUUCGGAGGAAAGUGACAUAUCUUCCUAGAUGAGCCACAAUAUGGCGCAUUCUAGCCAAGCUCCUUCAGUGCCGACAGAUGUCCCUCAACUUCCGAGGAGCGGGAGCUUGAAACAGGACAGGAGAAAGAGGUCUGUGAUGACCCUCAACCUCAGCGGCGCGGCGCAUGACUUCCAUGGAAAAAGGUUCUCCUGCCCCGAUAUCAAGGUGAGUACACCUCACCAUGGCGGAGUUUUUACGAUCGAGAUUCCUGAGUCCCGGAAGGCAUCCAGGCUGGAGGUUUACGAGCCACAGGAACACAGGAAUGUGGCCUAUCCCACUACGAACACGGAGACGUUACUGCAUCUACUCAAGGGCAGCCUUGGAACUGGGAUUCUGGCCAUGCCGAAUGCCUUCUACAGGGCGGGAUACGUGUUGGGAGCGGCAGGCACAUUGUUUAUCGGCUUCGUCUGCACGUACUGUAUUCACCAGCUGGUAAAGUCGGAGCUUGAACUAUGCAAGAGACGGAGAAUUGCCAGUCUCAACUAUCCCGACACCGCCUCGGCUGCCAUGGAGGAUGGUCCCGGAAUCUUCCAGAAAUGCGCCCCUUACGCAGGCCACGUAGUCAACACUUUCUUGAUCAUCUACCAACUCGGGACAUGCUGUGUGUACGUGGUGUUUGUGUCCAGCAACAUUAAAGAGGUGGUGGACGAAUAUCACGAGCCGAAGCUGGACUUACGGCUCUACAUGGCGAUGCUGUUACUGCCCCUGAUCCUCAUCAACUGGGUGCGCAACCUCAAGUACUUGGCGCCGUUUACCACGCUCGCCAACUGCCUCACCUUCAUCGGCUUCGGUAUUACCUUGUACUACGUCUUUGUCGAUAUUCCGCACAUAUCGACCAGAAACCCCGUGGGGACGCUCAGAGACUUUCCACUCUUCUUCGGAAUCGUACUUUUCGCGUUGGAAGCUAUCGGCGUGAUAUUGCCUCUGGAGAACAACAUGAAGACACCGAAAUCGUUUGGGGGGAAGUUCGGAGUGCUGAACAUUUCCAUGGUCCUAAUUAUCAUUCUGUAUGUCGGAAUGGGGCUUUUCGGCUACAUGAAGUACGGUUCGGGGGCCCUGGGCAGCAUCACUCUCAAUCUCCCAACCAAUGAAAUUCUGGCUCAGAGUGUCCGAGUGAUGCUGGCAGUAGCCAUCUUUGUAACGCACGGUCUACAGUGCUAUGUUGCAGUGGACAUCACGUGGAACCACUACAUGCUUCCAAAAAUGGAGAAAUGCUCGCAGAAGAUUUUGUUGGAAUACAUCGUGAGGACGUCUCUCGUACUAGUCACAUUCCUACUGGCCGUCGCCAUUCCAAACCUGGAGCUGUUCAUCUCCCUGUUCGGUGCCUUGUGCCUGGCAGCACUUGGCAUAGCGUUUCCGGCAAUCAUAGAGACCUCCACGUUCUGGUACAGCAUCAACAGAAGCAGCAGCUUCUAUAGCAUGCUGGCACGUAACACGUUCCUUGUCAUAUUCAGCCUCUUUGGUCUUGUAGUGGGCACAUAUACCAGCCUUUCCGACAUUAUCCAUACGUUCUUCACGUAGACACGUCCUGCCAACCUAAGGACUUCUUCAGAAAUGGCUUCAGAUAAUGCAAGGUAUGUGUUGAGAGUUAUGUCUGUUGUGAAAAAUACGUAAUUCAACAACCGAUGAUGCCUGAGAAGAAACAUUUAUAGCCUCGGUUAUGUCAGUGGUGGAAUUGAGGAACUAUGUGAUUCAAAAGAACAAGAUCUCUCUUGGAUGUGACGUGAUCAUUUAUAUGAACACAACCUCAUAUCCUGUUUGUUUAAUAUCAAUUCUGUUUACGUGUUACAAAGUUUAAAUACCCUAAAAUUAUACAUUAUAAUUAUAUAAUCAAGUAGGUUGGUCUCUGAUAGAAAUAAUAGAAUUUCGGCCACCAUCUUAGGUCCUUUUCAUAAUCUUUUGUUAUUUUAUGUAUUUUGGUAAUGAAAUUUCGGAUUUCUUAAGAUUUUUUUUUAUCAGACAAUGGAAAAUUAACUUCUCAAGAAAGGACUCUUCGCCAUGGAGUUCUCCAGCAGGACAUUUUUACCCGUUGCUCUGUCAAUCUUACACUUUUAUCAAAUUUAAAUAGAGAGGGAUGAAUUUAACCACUAGAUUAUAUAAUUUAUAUUUAAAUCCAAUUUCACGUAGUUUUUAAACGUAGGAUGUCGCUGGAACUAGCUUAGUAACUGAUGUCUAUGAAAAAUUAUUUUGCUCAUAAGAAGUAUUACUAAUGUAAACUGAGAAAUCGUAGAUCUACGCUCUUAAAUGCGUAGAAAUAUUUUGUAUCGAAAUAUACAUUACAGUUUAUAGAAGCAAUUUUCUUCUUUUGGAAUUCAUUCGUCGGUUUCCUUAAGAAGUCUUAAAAAUUUUAUAACCUAACCUAAAAAAACUGCAUUUCAAAGGAUAAAUCCUCCUUCGUCUUGAGAUACAAAUGGAAGAGACACCUAUUAAUUCGGAUCCUACAGAUCCAACUAUUAUCGAUCUUUGAGCACAUCUGUAGAGAGGUAGGACUACCGGAUCUAUAUAUUUUUAGACUUCUUAAGAAAAUAGAGAUUAUAUCCAAAAUAAAGAAUGACCAUCGCCAAAGACACGCAGAGAAGUUUGUAGGCGGCUUGGGACCCCCAUACUCCUUAUCCUUUACUCAGGAGUGUUUAUUAUUAAGAGAUUUGCCUUUGUCCUUGAAAUAUAAUGGUAUAGUCUUUUAAAGUUAGUUACAUUAAAUAGCCCAUUUCUGACAAAUAUUUAUGCAGGCAUGAAAGGUACACUUUUACCGGAUUCAUUAAUUACGAGUAUAUUUCAUUAGUCAUUACCUAAUUACAUUACUACAUUAUCAAAAUUCAUGUCGUGACUGUACAUUUGGAAGCCACUGAAAAUCUGUGUAACAAUUUUGUUUAUAAUUUUUGUUUCCAAAUUUGUUGGUUUUAUUUUUUUAUAUCCAGUUAUCUUAAUGUUCGUUUAUCGCAGUUACGAAUCUGCUGAUGAUAUAAUUAAUGAAGUUCACAUAUGCACCGACAAUGAAUCAAAGAAAUUUUAUUGACCUGGUGAAAUCUGUGUUUUAGGUUGUUAUAAAUCGAGUUUUUCAUAACCAAGAUAAAGUUAAAGGUCAGUUUGAACUUUAUGUAAAGUGGGUGUUACUUCUGAUUCGAUAUAGAGCAUCUGAAAUCCUCUGAACAAAUUUCAGAGUAGUCAUCCCUUCAGCGAAUUUUGAGAUUAAACAUGCGUAUUUACAGUGAAAGUUACCUUCCUGUAAUGUAUUCCCUUUACAUAUUUUGUGCAAUGAAAUUAGUACAAAAUAUAUUUAAAUCACAUAAAAACACACCAUUCCCUCAUAAACUAACACUACAGCUUUAAUUGUAAUCUAUGUUAACUGUUUUAUAUUCUAAACUUAAAUAAUUUUCUGAAUAAUAUUUAGUCGUAGACCCCCAAAAAAUAUUUUUUGGAUAGUAGUUUUAUUUUGAGACAAAUUAUGCUACAGAACCAAACAACAAUAUUUUAAUUUACUUUGUAAAUCGGUAAUUAUAUAUUUAAAUUCGUCUAUACACACAUACAUACAAUUCAAAUGGACGUAUCGAGUAUAUAUAUUUUUUUAUUUUAUGGUUUAUAAACGUAUUUCUAUUCCACAGACGUAAAAAAAAUACGAAGGUAGAAUCGUUGAAGUUCAUUGUUUAUAUUAAUUACAUCCUGUUAUUUCUUUAAUUAUUCCCUCUUCCAAGCAGAUAACUCACUUCUUUCUAUGUCUUGCAUUCCUUUUCAUCCACAUUCCAAUUUCAAAAAAACUGUCAAAUGAUUUUUCCUUAAUUCGUCCUGUUCAUGAAACAAAUUUCCUCAAGCGUCAAACCAUCUGAAUUUUUCAGGAAUUUAGUCGACUCAAAUUUCAGAAAUUAUUCAUUGUAUUAGCCUGCUCAUCAAUGAUAAUGCUGUAAUAGUACUUAAAUUAGACCAUUGAAAUCUUACCCCUUCCUCAUCACAUUCGAGACUAGAUAAUCUUACCGCCUGAUAAGUCUCCGUUAAACAACCCACAGACGAAUAGUAUUUACUUUAAAUAACCUCCAUAUGUAUUGACCUACAAAUAUAUAAACCGCUUUAUUAUUACCAAAAACUUAAUUCUCACACAAGAAAAUUUAAACUUAAUUCUUUAAUUUUUUUUUCCAGAAAU